AAAUUCCCAAGUAUCGUCUGCUCUGUACAGCCGGUGUUAACUGUUAAGUUUGCCUUGAGAUAAUUGAUAUAAAAACUAGAUCACCUUAUCAGUCGAUUUAAAACCAGCUCCAUUUAGUAUUUCAUUGUAAAAAGUAUUUCAUUGUUCAAGUAUAAUUCAGAGCGAUGGCCUCUUACAAGUUCUUAACUUCGAAAUCAUGGAUGCCCGUUUUGAGACAUGUGUCGAAAUCCCAUUAUUUUCAAACAGCCUACUUGUCUAGUUCUGCAUCAGUGUAUGAUAAGGAUAUUAAAGAGUACAAAGCACCCCAAACAGACGCAACAAAUGUAGUCAAAAAGCUUCAACGACCUCCCUUUGGUAAAAACUUGUUUUUAGGAAAGUUUGAUAAUGAAAUUUUGGCUUUCCCUGAAGUUCUUGAUAAGGAGAGACUUCAGAUGUUGGAUGAAAUGGUUGCUCCAGUUGAAAAAUUCUUUGAGGCAAUUGAUUCAAAAAAAAUUGAUGCUGAGGGAAAGAUCCCAAAAGAAACUUUGGAUGGACUCAAAGCAUUGGGGUUGUUUGGACAACAGAUACCUACAGAGUAUGGUGGUCUGGGAUUUAAUGCAACUGAAUUUGCAAGAAUUGCUGAGAUUACAGCAAUAGAUUCUUCUGUUGCAGUAACACUUGCUGCUCAUCAGUCAAUUGGUCUCAAGGGUCUACUAAUAGCUGGAAAUGAAGAACAAAAAGCUAAAUACCUACCUCGUUUAGCCACAGGUGAAUGGGUUGCCGCAUUUUGUCUCACUGAACCAGGCAGUGGAUCAGAUGCUGCAUCUGUUCAGACCAAAGCUGUCUUAUCCGAUGAUGGUAACCAUUGGAUCAUGAAUGGCAACAAAAUCUGGAUAUCAAAUGGUGGCAUUGCCGACUUUUUCACAGUAUUCGCGAAAACAUCUGUGAGGGGUAAAACGGGCGAAAUGGAGGAUCGAGUCACCGCAUUUCUGGUUGAGCGUAAUUUUGGAGGAGUGACGCACGGAAAGCCAGAGGAUAAACUUGGUAUUCGAGGCUCAAAUACUUGUCAGGUAUUUUUUGAAAAUGUGCCCAUUCCGAAAGAGAAUGUACUCGGGGAAGUUGGCGCUGGAUUCAAAAUUGCAUUGAAUAUUUUAAAUUCGGGGAGGUUCAGCAUGGGUAGUUCAGGAGCAGGAAUGUUAAAAAAACUUGUUGGUUGGUCUGCCGAACAUGCGAUAAAUCGCAAGCAAUUUGGCAAACCGCUAAUGGAAUUCGAACUAAUUCAAGAAAAAUUUGCGAAAAUGGCUGUUACCAUCUACGCCAUGGAAUCAAUGGCGUAUCUUACCUCAGGAAUGCUAGACACGUACGAGGAACCAGAUUGCGCUAUGGAGGCAGCCAUGGUUAAGGUUUUUAGCUCAGAGGCUGUUUGGAAUUGCACUAGUGAAUGUUUACAGAUUCUGGGAGGGUUAGGCUAUAUGAAAGAUUAUCCAUAUGAGCGUUUUUUGAGAGACGCUCGAAUCUUGCUCAUUUUCGAGGGAACCAACGAAAUUCUACGUAUUCUCAUCUCUCUGUUAGGUCUUCAGCAUGCAGGAAAAAGUCUUUCAGAGAUGGUUCGUAAAGUGCGUAAUCCUACUGCCAAUCCCGGAUUCGUAGUUAAGAAAAUGUGGGAACGAUUUCGAAGGAACCCCCAAAACCCUAGCCUUAAUCUUCACUUGGAAAGCUUUUUGCAUCCUAGUCUAAAGAGACCUUCGGAAUUAUUAGAAAAACGUGUUUUGCAGUUUGAAAUGGCAGUAGAAAUUUUAUUGUCUCGACAUGGGAAGGAAGUGAGCACUAAGCAAAUGGAUCUUCGGCGAGUGGCUGAUGUUGCUAUAGAUUUGUUUGCCAUGACUGCUGUUCUGAGCAGAUCAUCUCGGGCGUAUUGUAUCGGCUUACGAAACGCAGAACAUGAACUUGAGUUGGCCAACUCGUUUUGUGUUGACGCCGAUAUACGUUGUGAACGGUUCAUUUCAGAAUUAUUUGCAGGGGAGCAAUUUACUCAAGAUUUAUCUUUAAAGAAAAUUGCCACGACCAUUUUCCAAAAUAAGGGUUAUUGUGCUGAGCAUCCCCUCAAACAAAAUGCUUAAAUUAAAUGUUGCCAUUUGUAAUAAAAAGUAAUAAUUCUCUA